AUUAGUAGGUAAGUCUGUGAUGUGCCCCAUUUGAGAAAUGUGCUGCAACCCAGAAGGGAACAGAGUCUUACUGGCCCCUCACAGCAUUAUACAGAACACAACUUCAAGAACUCUUCAGCAACACCACCUCUAAAUAGAAAAGCUCCAUGUCUGAAUUCUGGACUUUCUCUUUUUUGUUGUAAGGAUGGCAAAGUCCAACAUAUAGAAAGAAGAAUAUUGAUUAUACAUACGCAGAGGCCCAUUGCUCAUGGGACUGCUGUACUGUUCAAAGCUAGAGACCACUAAAUAAACUGAACAUGCCGAUGUCUCUAAAACAUAAGGUUUUCAGGACCUCAUGCUGUUUAAACCUGUUUCCUUUUUCCAUGCUGUUCUGUGCCUCCUUUUUCUCUCUUUAGAAGGAGUACAUUUAGUACUGUUGGUGGGUUACAGGGCUUUAUUCAGCCAGAUGAAGAACCUAGUUUCAUAGUGAAGUGACAUGAAAUUAGAAACAGAUGCAGAGAGAUGUUGCCAAUCCCUGAACUCAUUUGAGACAGCUGCUCUGUUCCAUUUCUCAGUGCUACUAUCCAGCUCUGAAAAGAAAAUGGCAAUGUGCCCUAAAAGUUCCAUCUAUUUGUAACGAUAUGUAAAAUCUUUUUAUUUCAUACAAUACAAAUUAAAAAUCUUUCCGUUUCUUCCUACUUAAUGGAUCUGGUGCCAGAUAAGUCCACAGAGCAAUGCUUACAUCUAAACCCAAACAGUGAUGUUUCAGGAACUAAUGAGUGACACUUGGCUAACUUUUAGACUAUGGUUGCGGAGAGCACAUUAGGACUUUGUACUUUGCUCUGCGACAGACAAAUAAACACAAAGAACAGCUCCGCUAGCUACUGCUCUCAAAAUCCAACCCACAGCCUCUGCCUUUCAUGUCUCCUGUGAAACUGCUGCCUUUGAUGUAGUGUGUUGUGCAAAAUUUAAACUGGGUAUUUGUGGGGAGUGAAGAGCAUCCUGCUGUCUACAUGUAGCUACCAAGUAAAUGUUGUGAUUGGCGUGGCCUUUGAGUUGGGUCAGAUGGCUCUGCAUAAGUCAAUUAGAGCCCCAUGCUUACAGAUGUAAUAUAGGUAGAAGACAGUGCACUAAUCAGCUGCAAGCAGAAUGACCUGACAAGGACUGUGCACCCAGCAGCACAACCAGAAACUUCUACUGAUCUCUGCACAUGGCCUGUAUGAUGCCUAUUACUUUUCCUGUUUUCUCCUCCCUUUUUGUUGAUCUGGUCCUUGCUGUGGUUGUCAGUUCCUAGAGGAGGUUUAUACACUGGUCUUCAGCCAGGUCUCCAGCGAAUUCCUGGAUUUUCAGAGGGAGAAUGAGAAACUCCACAUUCAAUUGGAAAAGAAGAUUUGCCCUGAUCUGGAUCAGAUGCUGAUUUUAAAGGAUCAGAUAUCUAUAAAACUCCAAGCGGUGGUCCAGAGCUCAGUGGAAUCCUGCUGUCACCAAGGAGUAGAGCCUGGCCUGGACUGUGUGAUGGAGGAGCUCAUAUACCCCAUCAGUUUAGGAUUUGAUGUGGUGCGUUCGCUCUUCACAGACAGAAUUGAUGAGAUGAUCAGACAUGUGCAGAGUUUGCCUACCACUGUCUUCCAGGAAGAGGUUCUCGCACUUGGGGAAAUGCCCUGGAAACUUGGAUUCAUGGAGCCAUGUUAUGAGAAGGCUAAUCUCUACAAAGACAGUCUGCAGGGACUGAAGGAGAGAUUUGGCUUUCAUGGUGUGGCAAGUUUAGUCCUCAGAGCCCAAAACCUAAUGCAGCAGCCAAUUCAGAAUUCGGUCCAUACAUUCCACCAGCUUUCAGAGCAACAUCUGAGCUUGGCAAUUAACCACAGCCAAAUCACCCAGACUCUGGAAAAGAUCAAAACUCUUGUGCUGAAGAAAUUUGACUAUGACAGCAGUUCCACCAGGAAGCAGUUUGCACAAGAGUGGCUGGUUCAGAUCUAUCUUCCCUUUCUGCUGAAGAAUCUGGAGCCCAGAUGUAAACUGGAGCUGCCCAAGUAUGAAAAUUACGUGUUGGCUGACUUCAGUGGCAUCAUCAAUGUUGAAAAUAUUUAUGAAGAAAUGGUUCUGGCUGUUUUGCAGCAGGCAGUCACCAAAGCCUUGAAAGAGGCUUCAAGUCAAAACAGACAUAAUCUUUACAGUGACAGCUUUUCCUGUGUUCUGGAUAGUGUGGACAACUUGCUGCAGCAGGACAGAGCCCAGGAACACUCUGAAAUAAGGACAGGAGCCUUAGGUGGCAAUGCCACAUCAGACACCAUGAACCUCAUCUCCUGUCAAGUCAGUGAGACUACUUCAGACAAGAAAGCAUGGAAAUAUGAAAGAGGCUCAGCUGGAGCUGCAAAUCCUCCCAAAGAUAAAGGGCGAAUCUGCCCAGUAACUUUCCAUUGCCAUAAAGAAGCAGAAAAAUCUUUGAGGGUGUUGCCUGAUGGUAGGAAUUGGAGAAACAAGAAGGCCUUGGAACCAGACAUGCGAAGCAGCUGCAUUACUGAACCUGCAGGACAUGUUGCAGAGAAGACUGAAGUUGUGUCUGAGGUUGAAAACAAUGUGCACAGGAGACCUAAAUAAAAACAAAUGUAAUGACAAGUCAUGGAGCCCUUUUGCAAGAAGCAAAGAUCUACAAGAGCCACAGAACAUCAUAAAUGAACAUUCAGUAGACAAAGCUGCUAUAGAGAAAAUACAAGAGGAAUGGGGGAGGGCGAUGUUUGAGCAAGGCAGUCAAGGGCAGGAUGGCGAAUUGGAGUUAAAUCUAGUUUGGAUUAAAGGAGCAGGAUAGAAUGAAACAGGGGAUGCCACUUGGAUGCACUGACUUCAGGAACAUGGUGAUGAAAUGAUUGCAGAAUUACAUGUCCAAAAGUUGGUUCCUGCGGACGGUCUGGAAAGAAAGGUCUGUCAGCUGGAGCUAGGGCACAGUGUUCAGCAGGAAUUCAAGGGGCGUAGGCAUGCAGGUGGACUGGCUGAAGGUAAGUCUGUUCCCUUUUUACUCACUGGAAGCCUGAGACACGAAGAUGUGCAUGAGGGUCCUGUCCUGGAAAUGAACAAGGAGGAGAUGACAGAGGCAGACUUCAAUGAGACAGAUAAGACUGUUUUUCUAGAGUGUCUGUCCAUAGCUAUCGAAAAGGAAAUCUUCCAAACAGAUCUGCUGGAAAUGGAUCUCGAAGACAACAGAGACCAGGGAAGUAGUUGUCAAACUGAACCUCUGAAAUAGAAGUACGAGGAGCAAGAUCUAACUGAUGUUGACCAUCAUGGAGCAGAGGGAUGACAAAGCUUAAUACGCACAUUCAACUUUCCUGAUACAAUGAUGGAUGUUUCAUAUCCCUAUAUUAGCAAAUAAUGGAGAGUGCCAAGGCAACUGAGGCUGUGAAGGGGCAGCCAGUUGCAUGGCAGGCGGUUCAGCAGCACUGACCAAGACUUAGUGGAAGAUGCAGAGAUUUUCAGUCUCAAGGCCUUACGAAUGUGAACUGAAAGAACUGGAAUUGGUCUUGCUUCUCAGAGCAGAAAACUGAGCAAAAGAUGAAGGAUUGGAAAGGAAUGAACUGCUCCUUUGUGAACAUUUAUGUAAGACGUAAUAUUUAUGCGUAUCAUAUAGUGUAGCUUAAUACCCUUAGGCUCUUAAUUCUCACCUUUCUGCCCUUCGUCCUGGUGUGGCUUUUCAUUCUAUUUGUAAGUGAUAAUACUGAAGGUGUUUAUAAGGGGUCUUCAAGUCAGGGUGUGUACACAAUACAGUAUUCUGUGGUUAUCUCAUAGUAUUGAUGUCCUGGAAAAGUGUUUUGGAGAGAGACCACAAACAUUCUGCAGCUACAAAGACUUCACCAAUAAACCCUUCCCAGUUUCUUCAAACAGCAUACACUGAUAUAGUUUCUGUCCUGUUCCACUCCCUUUGUGACUCAGGCAGCGCAAAGUAUGUGAAGCCUAGCCCCAUUCCCCUAACUUGGGGCUUCCUGUGAGUACAGAGCUGACAGAUCCUGUCACCCUCGUUGGAGCCCCCAGUGCAGUAGGGAGGAUGGAGGUUAUCAGGAAUGGAAGAGGAGUAGCUGGAGUGUGCUUUGCUACAGUCAUGCUCAGGUGGAGAAUUGGGGCCCCACCCUCUGCAUUGCUAAGCACAAAUUCAAAACAAAAAAUCUGCUCCACUGUAUAAAGCUUCUUUGUAUUUGUUUCUUCCAAGGCAGUUAUAGUAGGGGAAGACAGUGAAGUGGUGUCAUCGCUGAUAUUUUGGGCCUAACCCUGCUGCUGUUGAAAUUUAACAGCUCAUGGAUUUCAAUGAGCAGGAUUGGGCCUAUUGUGUAAUAAGGCUCAAUGAGAUUCUUACAGUGGCCACAAGGAUACCUAUUUAAUUCAUUUAUUACGUGUUUACUCAGCUGGACUGAACCACAGAACCUGAAGUUCAUUGGAAUGGUUGCCGUAACAGAGGUAAUAUCUGUUUCAUAUGUACAACUUCACCCCAAAAUAGAAGGUACUAAUUUAAAACUUCAGAUAUGUAAAAACCUUUUUAGUGAAUUUUUAAUAAUGUUCAUGUCUCAUGCUGACCUAUAAUUUUCUAAGAGAAGGGAACUCUAUCUAGUGUUGUCUUUUCCUAAUCCCCACCAUGCUGUUAAGCUUUUUAAGUUUGUAAACUUUUAUUCCAAUAUGUGGCUUAUUAUUUAAUCCAUAAAAGCCUAUGUAUCUUAUACGAACAGGUGUUUACAAUUAAGUACUACAAUCAUUUAGAUAGUGAUGUAAAAAAAUGUAAUCUGGUGUAUUUAUUUGAAUAAACCUAUUAACAGUCAAAGCAUGGUGUUUACAAAACUGACACUUUAUAAUUUUGUGGUUUUCAAAAAGGGAACAAAUUCAUUCAUGUUUCUGUAUUUCAUAAACACAAUCUCUUGUGCAUCCACCCCAUUGAGAUGAUUCUUAACUGCUAAUCAAAUGAUACUAAAGAUUUUCCAUGCACUGAAGCUGCACUGAUUGAUAAGAAUCAAGACUAUCACAGGCUUUUAGGAUGGAAUUACUUUACUAACCACAUUCAGUUCACAUCUUGCACUUUGAAAUUUGGUCUUAUUGAAACCAUGGUCUUUUAAGACCUCAGUGCUAACCUAGUUAUUCAUUCUCAUGGUCCAUUUGUAGGGAACUGAAAUUUAUGCGUUACUACUUGUUCAAAACACCUGAUUUCCAGUUUGAAUUGGUUGCACUAGUGAGUGGUGGUGGUUGGUUUUGGAUGAUAUUGCAUUUUAGCUGUAUAUUUUUAAAGAGAAAAUGUAACAUCAGCCACUGGUGUCAGCUGAUACUGACGUUGACCACAUGAGUUUAACUUUUUGCAACCCUCUCUCCUGCCACAAGAUGGGGGCCAGGAAAUAAAGACCAUUCUUUAACCA